AUUCAUUCUGCCGCACAUCUUCAACACACAGAUAUUGUAAUUAAAUCACUUAUCAAUCAUUAUAUUUUCCUGUGUGCCUCAAAUGCAGCACUGAUCAGGGAUGAGUUCAGGCACCACGCUGCUCUCGCGCUGCCACAUAUAAAGACAAUCGGUGAGCUGGUAACUUCGCCUUUUCUCUUGGUCUACUCGGUGGAAACCGAGCCAUGACAGAGGUGCAUUCAUUUCAGCGAACGAAUCUGACGACAAUUUCACUAGGAAAGUUUGUUCCUUUUGACAAACUUCAAAAUAGGGACGCGAAACGAAUCGCUGCCCUAAUGAAAUAAUUAUGGCCACAAAACAAGUGGUUAUUGAAGCCCAGAUGCACGAGUCCUGCGGGGCAGCAAGGAAUGGAGACCCCCCAAUUCAAGUCAAGAUUUUACAGGUCCCAGCCAAAUGUGGACCCAUAACUGCCGUUCAGCCCCCACCCACUGCUGCAGGUGUCUCAAAGAGCGACUCUGUGUCUGUCCCACCUAAAGUCAUCGCUGGCCAGGGCCACCAAGCUACCUCCUCUACAGUUACAGUUCAGGGGCUUCAAACAUCCUCUCCUUCUGUCAUGGUGUUAGCAAAGAUGCCCGGCCCAGGAGGAGUGAGCACUAACAGCCAACCACCGUUAACAAAACCAGCUUUGAGUCAGCUGGCCUCCAUGAACCAGGCCACGACCCCAGGGAGGACAGUGGUGAUAACAGUGCCGAGGGCAGCAGCUCCACAGCCAGUCACAGUGGCCCCUCGGCUUCCACAGACUGCUUCCCCACAGGUCCCAGCCAAUAUCCAGAUUCCACCAGGUAUGAUGUUGAUCCGCAGUGAUAGAGGUCAGCUGAUUCUGGUAUCCCAGCAGGCUUUGGCACAAGCUCAGCAGGGACCAAGAGGCGUCACUGGUCAAGUGCCCAGAAUACUGGCCCCACAGGUAUCUGCAGCAGCUGGAAAUAAAGGUAAUGAGAAGGUGACAGUGAUCAGGAUGACAGCCCCACCCAGUUUUCAACCAGCGCCAGUCCAGAAAACUGCUGUGGUAAAGGUGAUCGGUGUAGCUCCAAAAUCAGCUGUAGUCCAAACCCACAGUGCUGCGUCUGAGCGGGGGAGCCAGCCUCGCAUUCAGGCAGUCGUCACAGAAACCAAAAAAGAGCCGCCAACCACAUUUACUCCGGAGACUCUGGAAAGUGUGAAGAAGUGCAAGAACUUCCUGGUGACUCUUAUCAAGCUGGCCUCCAGUGACUCCAGGUCUACCGACAUGGCCGACAACGUCAGAGGACUGGUCAGGAGUCUGCUGGAAGGGAAGUUAGAAGCAGAGGAGUUUACUGAACAGCUCUAUCAUGAGUUGAAGUCGACUCCACAGCCCUGCUUGGUGCCUUUCCUCAAGAAAAGUCUUCCUGCGGUUCGUCGCCUUACUGCAGACCCCCAAUCAUUUAUCCAACAGGCUUCAACUUCCACCCGCAACUCCAUCACUCUGUCUUCCACCAUGAAGCAGUCCAGCACUGACACAGGUCAAAAAUGCAAUACAAACCAGCAGGUUAUCCAGCUGCCUCGAGGAUUGACUCUGAGACCUGGUUUGACAACAUUAGCCCACUCCAGAAAUGACAUAUCUAAAAGCAGCAGACCCUCCCCCAAACACACAGUGAUCCAGUCAGGAAAACACUUAGCAGGAACAUUUUCAAUGAAACAUUCUUUCAAGCAGGAUCCGCCUCGUUCUACUACAUUUACAUUCAAGAACAGUUCAGGAUCUUACAAAGAAGAUGAUGACAUUAAUGAUGUAGCCUCCAUGGCUGGAGUCAACCUGAAAGAGGAGAAUGCACGGAUCUUGACCACCAUGGUUGGCUCUGUGGUUCAGUCAUGUCAGGAUCAGCCCUUCCUCUCUCCUAACCCUGUGCUCAGCCGAAUCCUUCAUACAGGACAGGCGCUGGGAGUCACUGAUGUCGGUCCAGAGGUGGUGGCUCUGGUCUCUCAUGCUACACAGGAGUGUCUCCGUGGGCUGUUGGAGAAGCUUACUGUGAUGGCAGAACACCGCAAGGCAGGCCUGAAGCUCCCCCCCUCAUUCUUAUUGGGGGGGGGGGGUGUGUGUGUGUGUGUGUGUGUGUGUGUGUUGCAACAGGAGGACCCGUGGCAUGCCAAAGUGAGUGAUGUACGCUCCCAGCUUCGCUUCCUGGAGGAGGUGGAGAGUUUGAAGAAGAAAAGGAAAGACAAAGAGGAGAGAGAGAGACUUCUGCGUUUGGCCAGAAGUCGCUCACAUACUGAGGAUCCACUGCAUCAGCAGCUCAAGCAAAGAGCCAAAGAGUUACAACAAAUUGAACAAGCUCAGCUGCAGCAAAGAGAGGCCAACCUCACUGCUCUAGCUGCCAUUGGGCCUCGCAAGAAGAGACCUCUGGAGCAGACUGAAAGCCAGGUGACUCUGCUGCCCAGACAGGGUGUUCAGAGAGUGACUCGGAUCAUCCUGAGGGAUCUGCUGAUGUGUAUGGAGCAGGACCACUUCCUACGCCACUCUCUCACUCUGUACAAAGCGAUGAUCUGACCACCAUAAAUUACUCCUCCUACAGUUAAUGACUGAUAUUAAUCUGUAGAUUGUGUUUACGGGAUCCCAAGUUUUGGAAUCUUUUGUUUAUCUUUAUUUAUUUAUUUUUUUACCUCAAAGAUUUUUGUGCUUUGGUUCAAUUCUAUGAAAUCUCUGUUUAUUAUCUAUUUAUUUUAGCAUGUUGUUUGAAAGAUGGUGCUGAAUCAGUGAUCAGCUGUCUCUGAAAGCACUCAUCAUUUUGGUUUUGAUGUUGAUUGUGUUCCUUUUGAAAAGAGAAUUUCAGUUGCAGAAAUAAUCAACCUGUGAGUCGGAUUAUAAUAAGAAUAGAGGAUAAGUGCUUCUAUGAAACACUGCUGUUUACCGAAAAGUACUAUGAACAGUGUUGAAAAAGUGUCAGAGGCCUCAACUUGAUGUUGAGUUUUUCAUUAUUCUGCUUGUUUAUUGUUUGACCAUUAAAAUAAGUAGAAUUUUUCACACCCUUA